UGUUGACGGUGGCGCGACCGCUGGUCCCAUGUGGAGGAGGCGAGGAUGCGGCUGACCGUGAGACGAGUGCUGAUGGUGGUGGGCUUUGCCAUCGCCCUGAUGGUCUCUGUCCACCUGGGCCAGCAGAUGCUGCAGUGCCAGCAGAUCCUGGGCCAGGGCUUCAGCCGGGCACUGAUGCGUCCCGAGAGCGAGGAGCUGGUGAUGCUCGACGCCAACCGAGUCGAGUAUCGAUACAGUAAGGAGAUGCCGCUCAUCUUCAUCGGGGGGGUUCCUCGGAGCGGGACCACCCUGAUGCGAGCCAUGCUGGACGCUCACCCGGAGGUGCGCUGCGGGGAGGAGACGCGCAUCAUCCCACGGGUGCUGGCCAUGCGCCAAGCCUGGUCCCGAUCUGGGCGAGAAAAGAUGCGCCUGGACGAAGCCGGAGUAACAGACCAGGUGCUGGAUGCGGCCAUGCAGGCCUUCAUCCUGGAGGUGAUCGCCAAGCACGGGGAGCCAGCCCGCUACCUCUGCAACAAGGACCCCUUCACGCUCAAGUCCUCCAUUUACCUCUCCCACCUCUUCCCCAACUCCAAAUUCCUGCUGAUGGUGCGUGACGGGCGGGCUUCCGUCCACUCCAUGAUCACCAGGAAGGUCACCAUUGCCGGCUUCGACCUGCGGAGCUACCGGGAUUGCCUGACCAAGUGGAACAAAGCGAUCGAGGUGAUGCACUCCCAGUGCCUGGCCAUCGGGCGGCUGCGCUGCCUCCCCGUCUACUACGAGCAGCUGGUUCUGCACCCCCAGAAGUCCAUGCGGGCCAUCAUGGACUUCCUGGACAUCGCCUGGAGCGACGCUGUCCUGCACCAUGAGGAGCUGAUUGGGAAGCCAGGCGGCGUCUCCCUGUCCAAGAUCGAGCGAUCCACAGACCAAGUGAUCAAGCCUGUGAACAUGGAGGCCUUGACCAAGUGGCUGGGACACAUUCCGGAAGACGUGGUGCAGGACAUGGCUCAGAUUGCCCCCAUGCUGGCCAGGCUGGGCUAUGACCCCUACGCAAACCCUCCCAACUACGGCAGCCCAGACCCCCUGGUGAUCAACAACACCCACCGGGUCCUGAAUGGAGACUUCAAAACACCUGCCAAUCUGAAGGGACACCUUCAGGGGACUCCAAAUACGACUGCUUUUCACUGACCAACUCAAUGAUUUCCAGGUGCAAAUUGCUUCCCCUUGUUCUGAAGAGAAGAAAAUUUGCAAACAACAAGAGUGGGAAUCUGUUAUCCAAGCAUAUUGCUUGCUACUGAUAUUGCCAAAUCAAGUGCUAUCUGUGAAAUACUUUUCAUUUUGUCAUUAAUUUGUCAAGUUUGGACUUUCCAGUUCCGGGAAAUAAGUCACGUACCAAGUUUGGACAUGCUCUGCAGUCAUAUAUGUAGAAAUAAAAAGGGAACCAUAAAGAAUAUUGGAGAAGAUUUUAUACUUGUCUGCGGAACAAGUUUUUCAGGCUCUGUGUAAAACCAUCUUGUAAUUUUUGUUCUCUAAUUUGCAGACCUCAACUAGCUCUCUUUGCAGAUCCUCUUUAGAGCGUUUUCGGUCUUACUGACACUUGUCUCUUUUAAUUCUCUCUUCUCGGUAAUUUACCAAAUUAAAGAGAUUUAUUUAUUCAUUCUGAAAUAUAUAUAU